AUGGCCGUGAGGAAUCACAGCACCAUCACUGAAUUUAUUCUUCUUGGGCUGUCUGCUGACCCCCAUAUCCAGGCACUGUUGUUUAUGUUGUUCCUGAUGAUUUACCUCCUGACAGUGCUGGGGAACCUGACCAUGUUGCUGGUGAUCAGGGCUGAUUUCCUCAUUCACACUCCCAUGUACUUCUUCUUGAGUAAUCUAUCAUUUGUGGAUCUCUGUUUUUCUUCAGUCACUGUGCCCAAGAUGCUAGAGAACCUCCUGUCUGAGAAGAAAACCAUCUCAAUAGAAGGGUGCCUGACUCAGGUCUUCUUUGUGCUUGUCACCGCAGGGACUGAAACCUUUCUCCUUUCAAUGAUGGCCUAUGACCGCUAUGCUGCCAUCUGCCAUCCACUGCUCUAUCAUCAGAUAAUGAGCAAGCAAAUGUGUUUGAGUCUGGUAUGGGUUUCAUGGGGCCUGGGUUUUCUGGAUGCAAUCAUCAAUGUUCUUCCAGCUGUAACGAUGAACUUCUGUGAAGCCCACGCCAUUCCACACUAUAGCUGUGAGCUGCCCUCCCUCUUUCCUUUGUCCUGCUCUGAUGUCUCCACCAAUGUGACUGUUAUGGUCUGCUCUACACUCCUGCAUGGCUUUGGCACAUUCUUCCUGAUCUUCUUCUCCUACAUCCACAUUGUCUCCACCAUUUUGAGCAUCAGGUCUACCACAGGCAAAAGCAAAGCCUUCUCUACCUGCUCGUCUCAUAUCACUGCAGUGAGUUUUUUCUAUGGCUCUGCUUUCCUCCGUUAUCUCAUUCCAAGCUCGGGUUCACUUCUUGAGUUGAUCUUCUCCAUACAAUAUGGCGUGGUCACUCCCUUGGUGAAUCCCCUCAUCUAUAGCCUAAAAAACAAAGAAGUAAAGUCAGCUGUGAGAAGAACAUGGGAAAAAUGUUUACAACGACAUAUAUAUCAGGCAAGAGAUGAUUAA